AUGGAAGAAGAAUAUACUGAGUGGGAUCAAUUUAGUUCUGAAUCUUGUGAAACUUUAAAAUGGAUCCCUUGGUUUACUUCAUUAGAAGGUCAUGAAUUCUUACUCGAAAUUGAAGAAUCAUUUGUUAGAGAUCAAUUUAAUUUAAGUGGAUUAAAGAGUUUAAGGAAUUAUAAUGGAGCAAUGAGUAUGAUACUUGGUCCAGCACCAACAGAAGAAGUAUUUAUGGAUGGGAAGUUCCUUGAACUUUAUAUGAACGCUACGGAUUUAUAUGGAAUGUUACAUUCAAGAUAUAUUACUACACCAAUAGGACUUAGAUUAAUGAGAGAGAAAUAUCAACAAGGUGUAUUUGGACAAUGUCCUCGUGUUGAAUGUCAACGUCAGAAUGUACUUCCAGUUGGAUUUAGUGAUAAUCUCCAUAAUCAUAGGAUAAAAACUUAUUGUCCUAGAUGUCAAGAAGCUUAUGUUAUAAGGUCUGGUGAAGUUCAUGCUGAUAUUGAUGGCGCUUUCUUUGGAAGAUCUUUUCCACAUUUAUUCCUACUCACAUUUCCUAACUUAAUACCAGAUCAACCUCCAGUACCUUUUGUACCCAAAAUCUUUGGAUUCAAAGUUCAUAAUAUCAAUUCACUCAUUAAAAUCAAACUCGAAAAUGGAGAAUUUGGUAAGAUUCAAGAUCAAGAUUCUAAUUCUCAAGAUGAUAUGAAAGUUGAUUAA